CGUUUUUUGUUAUUGCCCGAUAAAUAUUCACCCGCGCUGUGCUCGCUUUCCAUUCAAAAAAAAAAAAAAACAUCAACACAAAAUAUGGAUAUUUGAUAGGCACAAAGUAAUAACCCAGUAGAAACCUAUUUGUUUGGGGAAGUAUUCAACGAUUUUCGGAUGUUUUUAAUUGCUCGGCGACAGGUUUCUCUCUCCGUUCACCGCACGUUUUUUUCAUUCGAUUCGGAACGGUUGUUGUUGUUGUUUCAGUGGAGCACACCUACAAAAAAAAUACAAAACCACUCACACACGAAACACACACGGUUGUGAUUUGGCGCGCUCUUGUGUGCGUGUGUACAUACAACAAAAGGAAAAAAGAAACGAAUUUCGGAGUGCAAAGAAACAAAAAACAGCAAGCGAGAAAAUCGGAAAGCCAAAAAACCAAAACAGUGCAAGUUACAGUUUUCACAAAUCAAGGAAAAACGAGAAAAUUCCCUUUAGAUUUCGAAGAUUUUCGUUUGAGAGUGUGCGUGUGUGUGUGCAACAGCAACAAAUACCAAUACCAACGCAUAACUAAGAAAGAAGAAGAGAAGCAGCGCGAAGCAGAAGAAGAAAGAUGAUGUAAACUUUGUUGUAACGAAAAAGAAAAAAGAAAAACAAACGCGUAAAGCAGAGAGAAGAGGAAAACGGGAAAAGUUGUACUUCGAAUUCUUCCAAUCUUCGAGUGAUUUUGAGAAUUCUUCAAAAUGCCUGAAACAGAGCAGGAGAGUUGCAACAAGGAGUGGCUGCAAUCGCAGCUGCGAUCCCUUGACUCCAAGGAGCUUAUUCUUCUAGACUGUCGUGGCUCUCAUGAGUACAGUGAAUCCCAUAUCCGGGGCGCCGUCAAUCUCUGCAUCCCCAGUAUCGUCCUGCGGCGUUUGGCACUUGGAAAAAUUGACUUGGCCUCCACGAUCAAGUCACCAGAGCUCAAGGAACGUAUCCAAACGGGCUACAAGCUCUGCUGGUUCAUCCUCUACAAUGGCGAGGGCGUGCCCGGCCAGCAUCAGGAAAUCGCAGGAGCCGGGCCGUUUACCGUCGCCAUGGACUCUAUCAUCAGCAUCCUGCACCGUCGACUUAAGCAGGACGGCUGCCGAGUGGUUGCCCUACAAGAUGGCUUCAACAGUUUUCGCCAAGCAUUUCCGGAAUGGUGCGAGGAUGGUAGCCAGGGGCACAACAAAGAAAUGGAAUCUAGUCGCAAUGUACAGACCGAUCAGUUAAUGGGUCUUAGAUCCCUUCGCAUUUCCACAACGCAUUCCGAUUCAGCGUGCAGCAGUUCGGCAGAGUCGUCGGAUUGCGAGAGCACCGGCCACCACCAUCAUCACCAUCAUCAUCAUAAUUUUAAUGAGGCGCCCGUGGAGAUAAUUCCGGGACUUUUGUUCCUCGGAAAUGCCUCACACAGCUGCGACUCAAAUGCAUUGCAUAAGUACAAUAUUAAGUAUGUCCUGAAUGUGACACCAGAUUUGCCAAAUGAGUUUGAGAAGUCGGGCAUCAUCAAGUAUCUGCAGAUUCCGAUCACCGAUCAUUAUUCGCAGGAUUUGGCCAUGCAUUUUCCAGAUGCCAUUCAGUUUAUAGAGGAAGCGCGGUCUGCGAACUCGGCGGUGCUGGUCCACUGCCUGGCCGGGGUUUCGCGCUCGGUGACCGUGACGCUCGCCUACUUGAUGCACACCCGGGGCCUGAGUCUCAACGACGCCUUCAUGAUGGUGCGGGACCGGAAGCCGGAUGUGUCGCCCAACUUCCACUUCAUGCAGCAGCUGCAGUCCUUCGAGAGCCAACUGCGUCUCAGUCCCGGUGACGAACAGGCGAUGGACGAGUCCGGAAUGAUGGGCAUUAGUGUGAGUCUGGGACUGGGUCCAGCAUCCUCCAGCUCCGUGUCCGAUGUGCCCAGUGUGGUCACCUCGCGUUGCGGACGCGGAUCGAAGUUCUCUUGCAAUUGCAUUGCGCCGGACUGUAAAUGCAUGCAAACCGGAGGAUUUAUGGCAGCCCAUUUGGCCAAGGCCACUGGGGUUUCGCCUGACUCUGGCAUCGAGUUCGACCGCUGGACCCCGUCCUCGGACACGGGUCUCAAAUGAGAACAGCUGGGCGGUAAGAGUUUCGUGCUGCCGCCAAGUCAGGAGAUCCUAGCAGCAGCCGUCGCCACAUCGCCGCCGCCCAUCUGUCUGGCGGUCAAUCCGGAUAACAUGUCGCCGGCCAGCACUACCAGUUCGUCCACAUCGACCACGACCACUGCGGAGGCAGUAUCCGUGGUGGAGGUGGUGCAGCAUCGCGAUCAGGAAAUGGCCGAGGGGAACAUCGAAUCCGGUGGAGAAGGAGAUGAGGAGGCGGCCUAAUGGUCAAAGCCUUUCCUAACUUGGUUUUCACACACACAAAUAAAACAGCCCUAAAAACCCAUACAUAUGAGCCGCUUAUUAAAUAGGGGUACUAAUUCAAACUUUAAAAAGUGUACAAAGUCUUGAGGAGAUACCCAACGUACAUAUAUUAAUUAAUACCGCAUAAAUAAAUUAAUGUUUAGUACAUUUUUAAGGCAAAGAGCAAACAAAAUCCAAUGUUAUCCACACAAGCAAACCAACUACAAAACUAAAAUAUAUAAAAUAUAUUUAUAUAUACGCAA